AUGGCGUCCCACGCGCGGUUGUUGGCCUGCGUCGCCGUGGCGGUGCUGCUGCUGGUGGCGUCGGGCAACGUGCACGCCGGCCGGCACGGGCACGGGCGCGCGGCGCACAGGCACACCAAGGGCCUGCGGCCGGGGAAGGCGGCGGCGGCUAAGGCGGCGAAGCCUUACCCGGCGAACGCGACGUCGAUCGAGCGGGGUUUCACGAGGUGGGUGCAGUUCAUGGGCGGGCUGGAGCACAGCGUGUUCCAGCGCGCGCUGAACCGCGCGCCGCUCCCGACGACGCGCACGGUGGUCGUUGACAGGACCCCCGGCGCGGGCGACUUCACGAGCAUCCAGGCCGCCGUCGACUCGCUCCCGGUCAUCAACCUCGGCCGCGUCGUCAUCAGGGUCAAUGCCGGCACUUACACUGAGAAGGUGAACAUCUCGCCGCUGCGAGCGUUCGUGACGGUGGAGGGCGCCGGCGCCGACAAGACGGUGGUGCAGUGGGGCGACACGGCGGGCAUGGUCGGGCCCUGGGCCCGCCCGUUGGGCACCUUCGCCUCCGCCACCUUCGCCGUCAACUCCCAGUACUUCGUCGCCAAGAACAUCACCUUCAAGAACACUGCGCCGGUGCCGCGGCCGGGGGCGCUGGGGAAGCAGGGGGUGGCGAUGCGGAUCUCGGCGGACAACGCGGCGUUCGUGGGGUGCAACUUCGUGGGCGGCCAGGACACGCUGUACGACCACCUGGGCCGCCACUACUACCGCGACUGCUACAUCGAGGGCUCCGUCGACUUCAUCUUCGGCAACGCCCUAUCCCUCUACGAGGGGUGCCACGUGCACGCGGUGGCGCCGCAGUACGGCGCGCUGACGGCGCAGAACCGGAAGAGCCUGCUCGACGACACGGGCUUCUCCUUCCUCAAUUGCCGGGUGACGGGCUCCGGCGCGCUCUACCUCGGCCGCGCAUGGGGCACCUUCUCCCGCGUCGUCUUCGCCUACACCUACAUGGACAACAUCAUCAUCCCCCGCGGCUGGUACAACUGGGGCGACCCGACUCGCGAGAUGACGGUGUUCUACGGGCAGUACAAGUGCACGGGGCCGGGGGCCAACUACGCCGGCAGGGUGGACUGGUCCAGGGAGCUCACCGACGAGGAGGCCAAGCCAUUCAUAUCGCUCAGCUUCAUCGAUGGGCUGGAGUGGCUCAGGUUGUAGCACCGGUCGAACUUCGCAAAGUAGCAGAGGAAUUAACUUGAUUGAUUCUGUUGCAAUAUAUUUCUUUUUUAUCCGGGUUUUUCUUCUUCCGUUUUAGAGUGAGUAACGAGCUGGCGGUUCUGAUUUCUGACAAAGACCUCAAAUAGUAACAUGCUUUACGGCGUCACAUGCAUUUAUCGGAUGCCUUUGUAGUGGA